UGUAGACAGAUUCAGGAACAUGGCAAGUAACCAUGAGAUGGUGAAGGUUGUCGGGGAUCGAUUUUGUGUCCCGUACACGAUGGAGCUUUUCGUGAAGCAGAAAAUACAAUGGCUUUCUAGUUCACGCUACGACGUUUCCGACACCACCGGAAACACUUUGCUUCGAGUCCACGGCGGUGUCUGGAACUUAAAGCGGAGAAGGGUUAUGACGGAUCCUGCCGGCUCCCCCGUCAUCACUCUACGGGAAAAGAAACCAAUAUCGUGGAAACAAGAAUGGCGAAUUUACGACGGUGAAAGCUCGGAUUUGAACCACUUUCUCUUCCGUGUGAAACGAUCGAGUGGUUUUCGUAUCAACAACCUCGAUGUUUACUUAGAAAGCCGAGGCGAGCAAGGUGCCGGCGAUUUUCAAGUGAUCGGGAAUAUUACUUCUCUUUCAUUUACAGUUCGGAGAGAGAAUUCAAUCAUUGCCGAGGUUAGCCACAGCUUUACAUGGAAAAGCUUUAUCGGCAGAGAAAGAUUCAAAAUAAAAGUUAAUGCAGAGGUGGACUAUGCCUUCAUUGUAGCUUUGGUGGUGAUUAUUCUAGAAAACAAUAACAGAUAAUCUUCAUCGGGCGA